CCCCGCGCGGGGGGCGGGCCCGGAGGGGCCGUGAGGGACGCGGGCGGCAGCGGCGGGACCGUGAGGCGGCACCGGGGACCGGCACCAUGAACGGGGCAGCGGCCGAGCGCGACGAGUUCGCCGCCUUCUUCCCGCAGAUCGUCCGCGACCUGACGGAGGACAUGCUGGGCCACCCGGAGGUGGGGGACGCCGUGGCGCGGCUGAAGCAGGUGCUGGAGUACAACGCGCCCGGAGGGAAGUGUAACCGGGGGCUGACGGUGGUGGCGGCGUUCCGGCGGCUGGCGGAGCGGCAGGAACCGGAGAGCCUCCGGUGCGCCCUGGCCGUGGGCUGGUGCAUCGAGCUGUUCCAAGCCUUUUUCCUGGUGGCUGACGACAUCAUGGACGCGUCGCUGACCCGCCGGGGGCAGCUCUGCUGGUAUAAAAAGGAGGGGAUCGGGCUGGAUGCCAUCAAUGAUGCUUUUCUGCUGGAGUCCUCGGUGUACCGGCUGCUGAGGAGGUACUGUGGGCAGCAGCCCUACUACCUGCACCUGCUGGAGCUCUUCCUGCAGACAGGCUACCAGACCGAGCUGGGGCAGACCCUGGACCUCAUCACUGCUCCAGUUUCCCAGGUGGACCUGAGCAGGUUCAGCGAGCAGCGGUACAAGGCCAUUGUGAAGUACAAGACGGCGUUUUACUCCUUCUACCUGCCCGUGGCCGCAGCCAUGUACAUGGCAGGCAUUGACAGUAAGGAGGAGCACGAGAACGCCAAAGCCAUCCUGCUGGAGAUGGGAGAGUUCUUCCAGAUCCAGGACGAUUUCCUGGACUGCUACGGGGACCCAGCCCUGACGGGGAAGGUUGGCACCGACAUCCAGGACAACAAGUGCAGCUGGCUGGUGGUGGAGUGUCUGCGCCGGGCCACGCCGGAGCAGAGGCAGAUCCUGGAGGAGAACUACGGCUCUAAGGAGCCCCAGAAGGUGGCCAAGGUGAAGGAGCUCUACAAUGCCCUGGGAAUGGAAGCGGUUUUCCGGGAAUAUGAGGAGAGCAGCUACCGGCGCCUGCAGGAGCUGAUCGGGAAGCACGCCCAGCGCCUGCCCGCCGAAAUCUUCCUGGACCUCGCCCAGAAGAUCUACAAGCGGCAGAAGUGAUGGAGGGACCUGGCAGGGGUCUGCCUAGAGCAGCUCCCUGCCCUGGGAAGGGUCGGGGAGGGAUGGAGAAGGUGCGAUAGGAUGGCCGGGGUGGGGUUCAGCCAUCUCCCCCCCUCUUCCCCCGUGAAUAUAUGUGAAUAAAUAUAAAUUAUUGUA